AUGACAUCAUUUCAAGAUCUUCCUUCUCGUCAGAAGUCACAAAGAAUACAGAAUAGAAUGAAGGCGCAACAACAGGGUGAUGAACAUCAACUUCCCCAUGAACUAAAUGCAUCGCAUGGGACUAAACGUUUUCUUCCCUAUAAAUCACGUCCUAGAACUAUAACCGGUUUACAUGAACUCUUACCAGGGUUGAAUGAUAUAAGUGAUGCAUUUGAGGCAUUGCCUUUGGAUAUAAUUAAAUAUUUCACAUUAUUAAAAGAGAUUGAUGCAAAAUGUAUUAAUACUAUUCCAAUUAUAAAUAAUCAGAUUGAAAAGUAUAUAAAUUCAAUUCAUGAACAAUCACAACUUUCACAAAAUAAUAAUACGAAUAAUAAUGAAAAGAGUAAAGAAACAAGAUUGAAUGUGAUCAAGAAUAAAAUAAAUGAAAUUAUUCCUUGUUUGGAAGAAAAGAUGCAUGUAACUUCAAUUGCUACUGAUUUAUUAAGUAAACAUAUGACUAGAAUAAAUCAAGCGUAUAAAUUAAUUAUUCAAAAUAAUGAAAUUCCAGAAAGUAUUAGAAUUGGUCCUUUGAAUCAUCCAGCAAUGAUUAUGGAUUCUGCAAAUUCAAAUAUCACCAAUCCAAAUAAUCCAAAUGCUAAUUUCGAUAGAAGUGUUCCAAGUCAACGUAGUGAAAGUAGGAGAGAAGCAUUAGCUGCCAAGAAAGCAAAUAAAGAAACUGAUGAUGGCGGAGAACCUAAAUCUUCAAAUGCUGGGAGAAAGAAGAAGACGAAUCAAGAACCAACCCCAGGAGUUGAUGGUAGACAAUCAGGAAUGCCAACUGGAUCAGCCGCAGCCGCGACUAAUUCAGCUUCGUCCAAUGCUUCAAUAGGCACGGCUCAAUCCUUAUCAACUAGUAAUUCUAAAAAGAGGGGAAGAAAAGAAGAUUCCAAUGGAGCAAGUAGCAAAAAGAAAAAGAAGAAUGAAAAUGAAGAGACUGAUAAUAGUUCACGAGUAUCUCCAAAUGCUACUUCUAAUAAUAGUACUGGAAACACGAAUCAAAAUAAAACUCCAAGGAAUAAUGAACCUACGUAUUGUUAUUGUAAUCAAGUAUCAUUUGGAGAAAUGGUUGGAUGUGAUGGAGAUGAUUGCAAACGUGAAUGGUUUCAUUUACCUUGUAUUGGAUUCAAGAAUCCUCCCAAGGGUAAAUGGUAUUGUGAUGAUUGUUUAGUUAAGAUGAAAAAGGUUAAAAAGGUAUAA